AGUGGGCGUGGCUUCUCCACAUGGUCGAGAUGGCGGGCGGCGGCGGCGGCGUGUCCGGGAGGACGGACCCGUUCCCCGGGCCCGCCCCGGUGCCGCGGCCCAGAGUGAAACGAUUCCUGCGGGGAGCGGAGGAGAAAGCGCCCCGCCCCGUCGCUCCCCGGCUCCGCUGGCACCUGAAAAAUUUGGAAAACCGGGAAAAAUCAGCGGCAGAAAAAGCGGCACGAUGGGAACCCUUCCUGCCCGAGGAGCCCGGGUUCCUGGAGCCGGGGCCGGGCCAGGACCCCGCGCGGAUCUCGCAGCGCGAAAUCGCCGACGCCGUGGACAUCGCCAGCGCCAGCAAGGUGGGGAAAUGGGGCAAAAAACGGGGAUUUUGG